AUGCAGCACCUCAGCAAUGAACUAUUACAGCAAGCUUCGGCAAAUGACCUCGAGCAUGUUUCCACACCUUGUUCCAGAGAUCUCACAUUGUUUUGCCCCGCAUGUUCUCAGCCUGGGAUUAAUGUAUUCUUGUCAGGGAAUGAAUCACUUGAUGACUGGAAAUACACCUGGUCAUUUGUUAUGGACAGAAAUUUCAAAGCCAAACACCUGUAUCCCAUCAAGCCAUUUGAUGAAGUUUGGCUUUCCAAUGGGUUGGGAUUCAUGGUGGGAAAGGACAGGUAUAAAACACAUCUUGCAGAGGCUGCUGACACAUUGGAAAAAUUGAGCUGCAACAAUCACCAGGCAGUAAAUCAAGCAAAUGCAGCUCAGCACAAGCUAGAGUCCACAGGUAUUGGGAGAGUUGCCUGUGCUCAAUAUGGUUGCUGUGUCCCUCACUCGAUGGUAGAUUUUCAGAAAGGUGAAAGACAAAUGAACAUGGACUACACCCUUUGUGAGGCUGCCCAGCACAAUAUGGAAGGCAUCACCAGGGCUGUCACCCUGCAUGACAUCAACUGUCAAUACAACAAGCACUUUCAUGUUCAGCAUCUGCAUGGACAUCAGGACAGCUGCUAUGUCCAAUAUGUAUAG